GGUUAAAAGCCACUCAUGUUGGAGCCUCAGACAGCGGCUCAGUCAGUCAUUAUCUCCACUCCUCUGCUACUUCACUUCAGGAAGCCUCCUUACUGUUCAAUUGGACGAGUCAUGGCUGCUUUGUGUGAUCUCCUGACGCUCCUGAUUACGGUCCAGCUCCAGCUGUCCAGCACUUCCUCCCUCUCUCAUCACACCGGCGUCAGGAAAAGCGGCAGCUCGGGGAAGCACCAGGGGUCCGCGUCUCAAUCCCUGGAGGAGGGCACUUCGGUUCUGGUGCUAGGGGAAGCCUGUGGAGUGUACACUCCGGCUUGUGGACGCGGCCUUCGCUGCUUUCCUUCUGAGGGAGACCAAAGCCCACUGCAGUCUCUGCUUCAGGGGAAAGGAGCGUGUAAGAGCAUCAAGGUCAGCAUCCAGAGGACGACGACUUCAGGCUCUCAGGCUCCAGUUACUGACAGCUUGGAGAAGGGCCCUUGCCGGAGACUGCUGAUGUCGCUGCUCCAGAAGCUCGAGCUCACUGUGAUCCAGACUGAUCGGGACAUUUACAUACCCAACUGUGACAAGAACGGAUUCUUCAAGAGGAAACAGUGUAUGUCAUCUCGUGGGAUGCAGCGUGGUCAGUGCUGGUGUGUCGACGAGAAAGGAAACAAACUCCCGUCCCGAGGCAGAGACGGUGCCAUCACAUGCAGCGCCUGAGUCAAUCACUAUUAUUAUUAUUAUUAUUAUUAUUAUUAUUAUUAUUAUUAUUAUUAUUAUUACAUAAUACUGAAACAUGAAGAGACGGCGAUGUGCCAUGCAGUGCACUGAAUAUGUUUCACAAUGAUCAGAUCCUCUAUCUCCCCCUAGUGGCCUUGACCUUAACGUAACUCAGUAUAAUUACAACAUUUGCACAUUGCAUGUAACUCUCGCAUUCUCCUGACAGUUUUAUAUGAAAAGUCUUUUGUACAGUGUUGAAUUAUCACUACACAUGCUGAAUUAGUUCAUUGGAAGACAUAUUUUUAUUUUAAUAUCUGCACAAAAACACAUUUAUGUAAACACAUGCAGCAUUUAAUUACGUUUAAUUUGAUUAUUUGGUAUUAAUCCAGCACUGCAAAAUGCCAAUUAACACAUAAAGCACUAAAACGACUCACACAGUAUUUAUAUAACUGCUUAACACAAUUUAAUUGAAAUAAAGUAAUAUAUAGUGCUGAAUAAACAUCUAAUGCAUUUUAAUUAGCAUAUGCAGUGUUGAAAUAACAAUCAUCGCAGUCCAGUUUCAGCUCACUUUUAUUUAAUUCUGUCUUUAUACCUCAUUUUUUCUCUCUUUCUAUUUUAUCUCAGCAUUUUUAUACUCAUGUCUGUGUUCUACUUAUGUAUUUUAAUCUAUUAUUAUUACUGUUAUCAUUAUUAAUUUAAAGUAAUGUUUAGUACAACUGAACACCUCUCAUCACACACUCUUCAGUGAUAUAUAUGAUGUGCUAUUACUCUAGGUUUUCCAUGUGACACAAAACAUACGGUCUAUUUUAUUAAAACAUGUACUGGUAAAUUAAAAUCAACACAUUUAUUUAUUGAAAGUUUUCUCUUUUUUUAAAAAAAUAUAUAUAUAUUUAUCAUAAAAUUUGCAGGUUUCCGGGCUCAAUUUUGUCACGGCUCAUAAAUC